AGUGAAACGGUAGUCUUUAAAGCGUCGUUGUAUAGGCGUCGCUGCGAGCGUCUCGGCGUCGAGCAUAACUUUUCCUGUCGAUCGGUGGCAACUGCAGGCGCGUUUGUUCCGUGCGAAUUUUUCAAAAACUAAUUAAAAAUCGUCGCGCGAGUUUUUUUCUAUCCCGCUAUAAUUUCGAAAAACACUACUAAAUUAGAGUGUAGCUUAGUUAACACGAUCUUCAGGUGCGAAUCUGGGUAGUUCAAUUACAAGAUUCGACCGAGCGAGGCGAGCUUUUCCAACUGCAGCGCGGGCGAUUCGACGCCAGCAUCUAAGGUGAUAAAAGGACUCUGCGAAGAUUAUCCCGCCGGAAAAUGCUGGUUUAUUUAUGCGCGCUGUCCUAUCUCGCGCUGGGCGCGACGUUGGGUCUGCCGUCGAUGAAAGAUAGCCUAACGAAUCCAGUGCACGUUUAUGAGGGGGACGACGCCCUUAUUACCUGCGUCGUUAAAGAUAUCGGCGAAAAUUCGAUUUUAUGGAAAAAGGAGGACAGGGAGAGGCACAGCAGGAGAGUCCUGACCGCUGGCGAUGCCCGCGUUACCGCCGAUAAGCGGUUCGCCGUACUCCACGAUUCAACAGCAUCCGGAGAAGUUCAGCAAAUUCCAAAGGGAGGAGACGUAUGGGUUCUCGUCAUAAAAAAUUCCAAGCCCUCCGAUUCCGGUAUAUACGUUUGCGAGGUGAACAGUAAUCCGGUCCUUCGAAGCUUUCACAAGUUAAGCGUUAUUCCACUGGAAGCGCUUCCGCCGAAUAUUUCGGCCGAUCCGCUCAUGUUCGAGACGACGAAGGAGAAUUUCAGCAGCAGAAACCACAACUAUACGGAUUGUUGCGUUUCGAGGAACGUUUCGUCGAACUGCAUCGGAUUUUGUAAUAUACAGAGCAUUUUGGAAGGAAAUACGGGGCAAGAUCCAGAGAACUGCGAGUCCGAUUUUCCCGUGAUAGUAAAGUGCAUGGCCGACGGCAGGAACCACGUGCCGUGCUGCAUACAGGAGAGGAUUCCCGAUAUUUGUCAAGAUGUCUGCAGAGGAGAGUAUACGACCAUUACUGAUAAUAUUAAAACCCACUUUUCGUGCGCGGCUUACACCGAGCAGACACUGGCAUGCAUCGUGGAGGGAAUUGAAUUACUACCAAGCCCGCCCGAAAAUUUGGAGGUCGAAGCGCUCACAGAGAAAUCGCUGAAAAUUUCAUGGGCACCUCCGGCUAGUAAUUCCGAUGCGAUAUCGCAUUACAUGGUGAACAUAUCGUCCUUGAGAUCCUUCGACGAAAGCCUAUCCGAUCCAAUGGAGGAGAGGUCGACUGCCUUGCGCUACUCGGCGAACGUAAGCGUUCCUAACUCCCAACUCGAAACUGUGAUAAACGACCUGUCCCCGUUUACAAUGUACGAAAUCUCGGUGCUCGCGGUAAACAGUCACGGAAGCAGUCUACCUUCGUACUCGGUCAGAAGCUUGACGCUGACGCCGGGAAAAAUUAAACCGACGGCGGUCGCCGAGGUGCCCGAGCUGCCCGACAUAAAAGAAUGCUGCGUGAAGAAAGGCAUAACGCAUAAGAAUUGCAUAAAUAAGCUGUGCGAUCCUCUGGUGGCCGACACGACUGAAAUAACCGAUCUGAUGAUAUGCGCCCCAUGGGCGACGGAUGCCUUUAGGUGCCUGAUCAAUGGAAUUGACCACUCGCCCUGUUGUAAAGCUAGGGGGUUGCCUGUUAUUUGCCAACAGCUCUGUAGUGGGAAUGUUACUUCGAUCGACUACAGUUACUUCAAAUGCCUUCGGUACAUGGGCGAUUACACCAACUGCCUGUUGCAAGGCUACGGUGUGCUGCCCAGCGCUCCGCUGCAUGUUCACAUUACAAACAUCGAGACUGAAUUCGCCAUCCUGCACUGGUCCGCACCCAAGGCGCUCGCGGACACGGUCCUGGACUACAAUGUCCACUAUCGCAUGCUGACGGGCUACGAUAACGAGUACAAGUCCAUCGCGAUGGUGCACAGUCCUUACAUUCUAGAAGGUCUCCAGAGCGACACCGCUUACGAGUUUUACGUGGAGGCGGCGAAUUCGCACGGUGUCGGCGAGCCGAGCAGUAGACUCACGUUCAAAACCGUCAGCAAGAUUCUCGAGGAGAAGAUCGUGGAGGCAUCCGUUUACAACGUGACGGCGUGCUGCGUCGAGGCCGAAUUGAGUAGCGUCUGUCUGCCGCUUUGCUCGUACGACGCCAGCAUGACCGACAUUAAGCUUUUGGCCGGCGUCUGCGGGGCCGAAUUUUACAAGUUGCUCAAGUGCGGUGCCGGCGGAAGAAAUCACGGAAGCUGCUGUACUCGGCGAGGCGUUCCGCCCUCAUGCACUUCGCUAUGCUCGGGCGUUAUGACUGAUUCGUUACUCGUCACCGCUACAAGUUGUAUACCGUACAUUGGCAACAUAGCGCUCUGUUUUGAAGAAGGUACAGGAUUACUGCCGGGACCAAUCGCAGAACUGCACGCAACGCUGACAACCGACGAUAGUAUCUCGCUCGAAUGGGAAUCCCCCGACGAUGGCAGUAAUGUAACCGAUUACGUUCUCUACUACCAAAAGGUUGAAAAUACAUCAAUGCACGAAACCAUACUGAAACUAGACAAUCAAGUAAACGUGAGUGAUACAUCUUACACUUUAAAAAAUUUGGAAAAGAGCGCCUUCUACCAACUGUUCGUUGUAUCCCGAAACCAGCACGGCACAUCUCUACCUUCGUCGAUACUUACACUUCAGGUGGCCAAAUCAGAUGGCGAACGUGUCAGCGGGGUGACAUCUCCCCCACAUUCGCUGGCGAUAGCGAGCCACAGUGCGACUUGGGUGACGAUAACGUGGCAACCUCCCGCUUUCAGCCUUCCGUCCCAGCAGAUCACCUACCGACUUUACCACAAAUCGACAGCGGACGAUCACUACCAGAUCACGAACAUCUCGGUCACAUCGCAUACGAUACAGAAGCUCAACCCGAACACCCAGUAUAUCGUAUACGUCACCGCGAUAUCCGACAAGGGGCAAAGUACGCCCUCGGAGACGUUGAUCGCGUGGACGGAUCCCGCCUACCCCGCAUUUGUGGAGCCCCCGACCGUGCAUCCGAUAAAUUUGGUGAUGGAGGGUAGCAGUAUGACGAUCCUUUGCAUAGCAAUGGGCACGCCUAUGCCCACGAUUUCGUUGUACAUCACCGGUCGACUGGUACGGCAGGAGAUCACGCGCCAUAUGGUCACGGUCAUAAACAACGUGACGAGGGAUAUGGACCAGAUUUCGUGUUACGCCGACAACGGGUACGGCACGCCGAUGCAGGCGUCGAGAAAGAUCAUAAUCAGCCAUGGACCGCAUAUCCAAGCCACAGGCGUGACGAUAGCGGCGCUCGGCGACACGGUUAAGCUCGAAUGCAAAGUUGACGCUCAUCCCGAGCCGAAGAUGUUGUUUUGGAAAAGUCGCGAAGAUCGAACGCCCGUCAUUCAAGGGGGGAAGUACGAUAUCGCGGUUGAUCGAGUGCGCGACGAGGAGGAUCGGUACUCGAUGACGUUGUCGAUUAAGCAGGUUGCUGAGGUCGAUGUCGGUGACUAUUAUUGCCACGCGGAGAAUGCGUUCGGGGUCGCAACGCAAGCGGUGACUUUGCGCGUUCGAAAUGUGGCGACCUCGAACAAUGUGACCCAGUGUUGCAUUGAGCAGAACGUCACGUCGCCCUGCAUGGUGGCCUGCAGUUUCUAUUUGGACAUCGACUCGGUGAUCGACAAGCCGGAGUGCAUCAACGACUUUGACAAGCUGAUGAAGUGCGCGGCUGAUGGUUCCGAUCAUCGCAGUUGCUGUUCGCAGUGGGGGGUGCCGAAGAGGUGCCUGGAUUGGUGCCGAGGCGAACCUCUCUUCAACAACAAACUGUGCGUGCUUAGCUACACCAAGCAAAUAAUGAGCUGCUUCCACGAAGGCCGCGACAAACUACCGGGACCACCUCAGAAUAUUCGCGUCGAGCCCGUGGACGCCCACUCGGUAAACGUCCUCUGGGAUCCCCCAGUUAAAAACCCACACACCGUUGAGAUGUACAGGAUCUUUUGGAAAUUGGUACACGCCGACAGCAAUCCCACGCAACGCUUCGACACCCCCGAAACGCACUACAAGAUCAGCGGACUAUUGGAGGGUGCCGUUUACGAGUGCGUGAUAAAGGCGGGCAACCACAGAGGAACCUCGACCUUGAGCGACGCGAUCAAGUUCACCGCCGGCGACAAAUACAUAACGCUAGCUGCCAGCCAAGACGAAAACGUCUCCCAUACCGGAGUCGCUGUGGCAGUCGUCUCCGCGCUGAUUGUAGUCGCCGCAAUUGUCGCCGCAGCCGUUUGGUUUGUACGCACCAAAAGGUUACUGGUAGGUAAGAAUUCCGGAGGGGUGGCAUUUGAAAACCCGAGCUACCUCCGUGAGGUGAACAUGGACCACAUACAGGUACCGCAGGGACAAUCGGAAAGCUCGAUGUCGAACGGAACGGCGAAUGGCAUCGCGGUCUCCUCCUCUUCAGGCGGCCAGGGUUGGAAGCAGGAACCGUUACACGUGCCUCUCUCGCAAGAAGUCAAUCCAACUCUCUACGAAGAAUUGAAGCUCGGUCAAGAUGGCGUUGGUUUUAAACGGCUCAAACCCUAGUAUGAGGUUAUUCUUAGUGACGGUGACGAAUCGAGAUUUUAAGACGCAUUGUGCGACUACAGGAUGUGAUCGGUGUAUUAUAGCAAAUUUUAGUAUAAUUUAGAGAUAAGGUAAAAAAAAUGUGAUUGACUAGAUGAUUAAUACAUACCUACAUCCACCGGCACUAAGCAGCAGUCCGAAUAUUUUGCACAGUAAGUAAAUCAAUCAGCAAUACCGCAUGUUCGCUGAUGGCGACAGAUUUGCUGGCGAAAGGCAUUCAUUUUGCGUGUAUUGCUGAUUGUUUCAUUUUGCACUGUUAUAAGGCCAUUAAUGACGUCCAACAUUUCUAGACAUACGUAAUUUGUCCGAUAACCCCUUGCGUCGUUAUUUUUCGCACUAUCUACAGGGUGUUCUGGUGUUCGAUGACAAAAAAAAAGGUGACGAUCUAUAGAAGACCCUGUACGAGUGCGUAUUUGAUUCUCAAAGACCAGCACUUUAAGGCAUUUACCAUUCGUGUGGUAAGAAGAGGACGUCCACCUGACAUUCCGCUACCGUUGUGUAGACUUGCUCCAUCUAGUCGCUAACUUUAAUGUUAUUUUUUUUAUAUAAACUAAUGCUCUCCAAUGUAAAUUAAUAUAGAUACCUGACAUAGACAUAUACAUAUUGUUAAAUAGUAAUUUUAAGAUGGGAAAGCAUGUAUUAACGCAUACAUGUAUCUGUGCCUUUUUCUAUCGUCUGACUUUAUCUGGGGGAACUCAUACCUAGUUCAAUUUAUACAUAACUGUUUGAAAUGAUUAGGGAUUAGGAACAAAAUAAAGAAAAGAUGACAGUCA